AUGACGGCAGAGAGAAUCUUAUCUAUUUCAGACCUUGAAGCUGCUGCUUCCAAGAAGCUACCGGGUGCGACUCGAGAAUUCUUCAACUCCGGCGCAACGAACCAAGUGACUGUGCGCGAAAACUCAUCAGCGUAUCAGAAGUAUCGCCUCUUACCUCGGGUCCUGAAAGAUGUGUCUCAAGUCAGCACAAAGAUUAGCGUUUUCGGCCGAGAGAUCGCAUUCCCACUUUGCGUAUCUCCAGCAGGGCUACAGGGCAUGGCCCAUCCAGAUGCAGAGCUGGCGACGAGCAAAGCAUGUGCCAAGGCUGGUGUAAAUAUGGGUGUCUCAUCAUAUGCCAAUCAUUCAGUUGAGCAGAUUACCACUACAGGCAAGGAGAUCGGACCAAUUUACCAUGUCAUGCAACUAUAUUCCAUGACAGAUCGAGAGAAAGAAGCUCGUAUCGUUUGUCGUGCAGAAGCUUCAGGAUGCAAAGCCAUAUUCCUCACUGCAGAUAGCCCUGUCAUGGGCGUUCGAUACAAUGAAUGGCGCAAUGAAGGCUUCAAACCACCAGCGGGUCUAGCGUAUCCGAUGAUCGAAAAGACGUCCGAGCAGAUCCAGUCGCAAUCUCAUGAUGAUGGGUUUUCAUCGUUCAAUUCGGAUUCUCAUUCCUGGGAAAAGGAGAUUCCUUGGUUGCGCAGUAUCACUAAUAUGCAGAUCUGGAUCAAGGGCGUCUUGACACCUGAAGAUGUUGAAACGGCAAUUGAAUAUGGUUGCGACGGGGUGGUUAUCAGUAACCAUGGCGGGCGGCAGUUGGAUGAAACACCAGCGACUAUUGAUGCUCUUCCUGCUUGUGCAAAGGCCGCACGUGGAAGGAUCAGUAUUCAUAUUGACGGAGGUAUUAGAUCCGGCAGUGACAUCUUCAAGGCCUUGGCUUUGGGAGCGGAGUGUUGCUGGGUUGGUCGCCCUAUGCUUUGGGGACUAGCAUAUAAUGGCCAAGAAGGAGUCGAGCUAAUGCUCGAUAUCCUUUACCGGGAGUUCCAAAGGUGUAUGCAGCUGACGGGCUGUAAGUCGAUAUCUGAGAUCAGUCCUUCAAGCUUAGGAAUUGUUCGAUCCGAUGGUCCUUUGGCAAGACUUUAG